UUUUGGUCUGCCUACGUUCCAUGCGGUGCGGCACAGUUGAAUGCGGUUCAACUUUCCUUGGAACAGAUCGACGUGAUCCGCCGGCUCGCCGAGAUGAAUGCUCAACAUUUAACUUUGGUUACCUCCGUCAAAGGUCUUAUCGAGGCGCAUCGAGAAGGGAAAAUCGCAAGUCUCAUCGGGGUGGAAGGUGGUCACUCCCUAGGGAAUUCCUUGGGUGUUCUCAGGACAUUUUACGGCCUGGGCGCGAGAUACCUUACCUUGACGCAUGCUUGCGAUACUUCCUGGCAGUUGUCAGGGAACUAAACAGACUGGGAAUGCUAGUGGAUCUCUCUCAUGUCUCGACGAGGACCAUGAGGGCGGCCCUGCAGACGACGAGGGCACCGGUGAUUUUCUCUCACAGCGCUGCCAGGGCACUCUGCAAUUCCACUAGAAACGUGCCAGACGACGUGCUUAGAAAUCUGCACUCCCACCGGCUUGGAAGAUGUCUCCAGGUAUCCGCAGCUGUUGGCCACCCUGCUCGAGGAUCCAACAUGGACGGAGGACGACAUUAAAAAGCUAGCUGGCCUCAAUUUGUUGAGGGUGUUCGCGAAGGUCGAGCAGGUGCGCGACGAGUGGCACAGGGCGGCUGUACUGCCAGUGGAGAAGAUCAGUCCACCUGACAACUCCGCCUGCGUCUACGGAGCGUCUUGAUCUUCUUUGAGGACAUUCACGGCAGGAUUCCUCGACUUUCUACGAUCGCCGAAGACUCGACACGUCUCAUGGAACUACAGGACCCUGUAAACGUGCGGACCUGGAUCAAGCUGAAUGAUCGCCUCUCCCGAUGUGAUAACAUCUUUUCGUGUUUUCCG